AGGUAGAGCAGUGCAGGCGGAGCGGAGAGGUCAAGUGGGGGUGUAGGGAGAGAUGAGGGUCUGGAGGUAGCUGGGUGCAGUCUGGUCAAGGCAUCUGUAGGCUAGUACAAGAGUCUUGAACUGGAUGCGAGCGGUGAUCGGGAGCCAGUGGUGCGAGCGGAGUAGUGGAGUAGCGUGGGCGAAGCGAGGCAGAGAGAACACCAGGCGGGCAGCAGAGUUCUGGAUGAGCUGGAGCGGACGGGUGGUGGACGCAGGGAAGCCAGCCAGGAGGGAGUUGCAGUAGUCUAGUAGUCACGUCAUACUUGCUGUUUUUGACAGCCUAUUUUUACACCUUUUGUGUCUUUUGAGGAGCUGAGUGGGCAUGUUGCCUAUCAUGGAUUCACAUCUUAGACUGCAUUUUGAGAUUAGAACAAUCAACACUCUUUACAGUACUGCUAAAAGGUAAAACGUGUAGAAUACUUGGACACAUUUUUUUGUCCUCAGACCAGAAUUCUUAUACACAUGUAGUCUUAAGCCCGCCGCACUCAGCCCAACUCAAGUCGUCCCGACUCAUCUCAUCUGAGUAUGCACAGAUUCUGCGAUCAGUUGUGCUCAGUUUUGGUUUGACGUCACAAUUGAGUUUUUCCUGACUGGGUGUCGCACACUGCUAAGACUGAAUUAGACUGACCACAACUAGAUCCUGGUGAUUACUAUGUAUGCAGAUUUAAUUAAUACUGCCCUGUACACAUUUUUUGUAUUAACUUAGCCCUCAUUAUGCAUGGCAUCGUAUGCUGAUUAGACGGUGGAGACAGCGCCGCGAGGCAACCAAAAGAAAGUGCUUAGCCUAUUAAUCAAUUGACCAUUUACACCGUGCAAACGUUUCAGGCAGUGUUUGACUUUUUGUAUAGUUUGUCUACUACACUUUAGCCUGUGGUAAAUAAAAUCCAACCUGUUGAUUUUUUUAUUUGACUUUGGCAUUUUUUUCUCAGCGUGUGGAUCUAGGGGCUUGUGAUUUGUGAUCUAUUGGAGAUCGACACACCGGUUACUUCUGUUUUAGCGCAGUAAGAAAAUAUAGACUGCCAGUAGAUUGAUAAUAAAAAGGUAAAUUGAUAAUUUACCUUUGAUUAGUUUUUCUUAAAAUAAUACAUAUAUUAUGGUUUAUGUUUAACAAGUGUUAUCCACAGGUUCUAAUUAAGAUUGUAAUUGCUGUUAUGUUGAAUGAAGCAAACAGUAUGUGCCUUGCAUCGUGGAUACCUUCUUGAGUGGAGAAGAUGUACCAUGAAGGAUUCAAUCUUGCUCUGAAUACAGCAGUGUAGUACAUACAAAUUUUAGGUUUAUAAGAUGUACUGUAUUGCUACAUAACCCCUUUUUUCUCCUAGAUAUAACUCCUUUUCAGAAAAAACAGCUUUCUAAGUUUGAAUAACAGUAAAGUGUCAUCCGAAUAAGUGUAAAAUUCACAAUGUUAUUUGCUUGCUUUCUAAUAAAAUAAAGCAAAAAUUUGUACAGUGCCCCAUAGCUUUGUUGGGACUGGCAAACAGAACUACUGUAAAGUCUACAUACUUGAUUGUUUUUGUUAAAUACAAUACAUCAGAAUAAUGAUAUAAUUUUGUGUUUUCCCUUGUAAGUGAAGUUUAAGAGCCAAGAAUGAACUACAGUAGCACAACAUUCAUCUUCUAUGAAAUACAGUCCCAAUAAUAAAGUGCUUGCUGAACCCAAGGAGGUGAAAACCCUUCAAGAAAGAGAUUGUCUGAUCUUAAGAAGCUGAUUAUUUAAGAUUGUUUUCAAAGCAGCGGAUGUCAACAACACAACAAAAGGAAUAAGCUUUAAACAACAAGCUUUCGUUAUGUAAUGCUUUGUAGUGACUAAUAUCUGUUUGAUUUAAAGUACCAGCAAUGAGAAGAACUGAGUAAAGUUUACAGAGGGAUUUGAAGCACAGAAACGACAGGGUUAAAAUAAUACAGAAGAACUUCUGGGCAACCACAAGGAAAGAAAAAAAUGGGAAUGGAAGUAUCAGGAGUUUAAAAGCCACAACAGUGGGCACACUCAACGUGUCUGCUGACUUCAGAGCAACCUAACUUCUUACCUUUGAUAAUUUCUACAAAAAAUAAUAUGGAGCCGAUCGAAUCUGCUACAGGUCAAAAAAGUACCAAGGAGCCAAGAGAAAAGAAUCAGUUGCAGAGAAAAUGGGGCUCAGAACCCUCGGCAGGUACAAAAAGAAGCACUUUUGCAGAUCCGGGGAAGAGGCACUCACACUGUGAUGCAGUGCAAAGCAGCAGUCCUGGGUCAGCACAAAAGUAUGUUUCUGGGAAGCUGCAAAUAUCGACCGCAGUGGGCCAGCAUCCUCAGGAAAAGCAGUAUCCACAGCAUUUCCCAAGCACUUACUCCUACCAGCUCCCUCAUUCUUUUUCACAGCAGUCUAUACCACAGAGAUUCCUCCAGAAUGCAAAACCACAGCCCAACCUGGAAGCACAUGCUUGGCAGUUUCCUAACCAGUUACAGUCUGUUGCCUCAGAAGACUUGUUUUCCAUGCAUGCUCGUAGCCACGGGGGAGUCUUCCCACAAAGGAAAUCUCAUAGUUUACCUGCUGCUUAUAACCAGUAUUCCCAGUCAGGGAUGGAGCAACCAGAAGAAAUACACAAGAAAGAGCAAAAACCUAAGAAACCUGGCAAAUAUAUCUGUCACUAUUGUGGAAGGGCUUGCGCCAAACCUAGUGUACUGAAAAAGCAUAUUAGGUCACACACUGGUGAACGCCCCUACCCCUGUGUUCCAUGUGGGUUUUCUUUUAAAACAAAGAGCAACUUGUAUAAGCAUAGAAAAUCUCAUGCCCAUGCCAUUAAAGCAGGGCUAGUUCCUUACUCAGAUCUCGUAUCUGCUCGUUCUGAUAUGGAACAAGCCUCCUCUUUUGGAGAAGCAGAGGUACAUUCAGAUGGUGAGCAAAGCACGGACACCGAGGAAGAGACAGCUUUAAGUGCUGAAAGCAGCCCUGCACCCCACAUUUCUUUUAAAGUGGAUAAAAGCACAAUGGAAAAGAGCGAUGAACUAAUCUAUGUGGAUAUGGCUGAAGAAUUGGCAGUGGCCACAAUGAAAGUGCCUAUUCUGAUAGUCCCAAAAAGUGGAAUUCAGCCAGUCAGCGAAUGUUCACAAUUCCUUGAAAUAGAGGCAUCUCAAAACCCUGUUCUUGUUUGCAGAGAUGAAUCUCACACCAUUAAACAAAGACUUGCGAUGAGACUCAGUGAGAAGAGAGGACAUGAUUCAGAGCAAUCUUUAAACCUCUUGAGUCCUCACAGUAAAGGCAGUACAGAUUCGGGCUACUUUUCCCGUUCAGAAAGUGCAGAGCAGCAAAUCAGUCCACCGAAUACGAAUGCUAAGUCCUAUGAAGAAAUUAUGUUUGGGAAAUAUUACAAACUGAAUCCCAGGACUGCAGUGACAGUAGUGAUGGCAGUUGAAGGCCAAGACACAAAUGUAAUGGACAUAAAAGAAAAGUCUGGUGAUGCUACUUCUAAAUUUGGGAUAACCAAGAUAAUUAAGGAUCACAUAUCCCAGCUUAUCACAGACAAUGAAACAGUGGUUGAUCCCAGUAAACAGAGUACCAUCAAACUCAAACCAUUUUCAAGGGGAGAGAGUUCAGAAUCGCAGAUGCUAACAGGUCUUGAUGCUAAACAGUAUCCCGCAGGCUCUUGCCAAAGUAAACUUUUAGAACCCCCCUCUGAUGCUGGGUCACUUGUAAGAAGCAAUUCAAUGCCAACACCCACAGCAUCAAAUCUUAAUGUCCCACAAGGACUAAGAGGAAGUCACUCAUUUGAUGAAAGAAUAGCCUCUGAUGAUGUCUUUUAUCCUGGUACGGCAGGCUUGUCACACCGAAGCAUGCUGAGAAGACAAGCUGCUUUUGAACUGUCUUCAGCACAUGAGGGUCACUCAGAAUCUGAAAAUUAUGUUAACAUCUCCAAAAAUACUGUUCCACCCUCUGGAAGAGUGAAACUGGGUGAAAUCAACCGAGUUGUGUCAGAUAAUAAAGUACAGAUAGGGGAGAGGAGCAUGUUUGAAUGUGAACUAUGUGGGGCAAGUUACAGAAGAUGGGAGGAAUUAGAAACUCAUAGACUACUUCCAUGCCCAGAAAUGCAUGGCAAAUAUCGUGCUUUUGGCCUUAAUUUGGGAGCAGAGUCUUGUUCUGAAAUUUUCACCCAGACCCAAAUAAUGCAACACAAACAGGCCACAGAAACUGCAACAAGAAAGCGAAGAAAGGAAAAGAGUGUUGGGGAUGACGAAGACCUCCCUGGCCAAUAUAGCAGUGAUCAUGGGACCUCCGUAGAGAUGCUGGUGUCAACAGGGGAUUAUGACUCAAAACCUGUAAACCUGGAAGCUACAAGGGCUUCACCCUGUGUAAAAGCUCACAAUUUUAGUGUACACAGUCAAUCAGACAGUUUUGAAACUGGUGGCACUCUUCUGACUUCUGGCAUCAUGACACCUGAAGAUGUGGUGCUUGUUCCAGUCUCUGAAAAGGAAGCCAGUAAUAGAAAAAAUGUUGGUAAUGUCAUUUCUGUCAUCCAACACACAAACUCAUUAAGCAGGCCUAGCUCUUUUGAAAAGUCUGAAUCAAUUGAGCAUGUGUCUUACCAGCAGGAUAAAUCUCUCACACAGCAUCCAAACCUCUCACGUGACCAGUCAGAUUCAGAAAACAUAGAGGAAGUGCACAGCCCAGAGACUGCUCAGCAAGAAAGCAUGGAACAGCAGCAAAGUGAUGGGACAUCAUCCACACAGCCUCAGAGCCACCAGCAAUAUCAUAUGCCACCAAGGCUGGUACGACAACCCAACAUUCAAGUGCCUGAAAUUCGAGUGACAGAGGAGCCUGACAAACCAGAGAAAGAGCCUGUGAUUCAGAUUAAAGAACCAGAGAAACCAGUAGAGGAGUUUCAGUGGCCUCAAAGAAGUGAAACCCUUUCCCAGCUUCCGGCAGAGAAACUGCCUCCGAAAAAGAAGCGCCUGCGUCUGGCUGAUAUGGAUCAUUCCUCAGGGGAAUCUAGCUUUGAAUCCAACUGCACCAGCCUUUCCAGGAGCCCUAGCCAAGAAAGUAAUCUGUCUCACAGUUCUAGCUUCUCAAUGUCAUUUGACAGGGAAGAAAACAUUAAGUCGGUUUCCCCAACCAAACAGGAUGAGUUUGGAAAACAAUCUGAGUUCUUAACUGUGCCAGGCAGUGCACAUUCCCUUGCUAUUCCUAGUCAGCACCAGCAAAGGGAGAUGCGUCGCUCAUCUUCAGAGCAAGCGCCUUGUCCACUGCCCACAGAAGUCCCAGAAGUGCGCAGCAAGUCUUUUGACUAUGGAUAUCUUUCAGCUGCAUCCACGCCAGGUGAUUCCUAUACUUGCUGUUCUGUGAGAGAGAGGAGGAGGGGUUUCCUGGUGCGACAGGCAUCUUUAAGUGUAUAUCCUGAAGGUGCUGUGCAAGAUCAAGCCAUAGAUCAGAACAUAAAGCAAGAACAUGCUGAGCAGUUACAAGGUGGACAUCAUUCACUACAUAGUGCUUGGCACGGCUCACUUUCGCCAGGGCUUCACUAUGGGCCUGCAGAAGAUUCAGCAAUAUCUAAGCGAGGAAUGCCACCAAACCCUGGUCUACAUCACGCAAUACAGCUUAGCAUGAGUGAAGAAACUCAACAGGAGGGACACUCGCUAAUCUAUAAAACUACUUACCUUCCCAGUCAACAUCCGACAGAGAAUGACCAGCAGGCACAAGAAGUGAUGCAAUACCCUCCAUUUCACAACUUGCCUCCAUUUCCUGCUUCACCUCUUCAACAAGCUUUUUUCUGGCAAUCACAGAGGUUCAUACAACAGCACCUAGCCCUCCAAACUCAACAGCUGCAGAAAUUACAUAUCAGGCUCCCAAAUCUUCAACCACUGCCCCAAAAAUCACAUUCUCCUCACCAGCUGCAACAGAUUCAAGAACAAGUGGAUACAAAAGCCCUUGACAGCGUAAGUGAUAACAAAUACCAAUAUAUUUCUCGAGCAUCUCAACAACAUCUGGCAUACUCAACAAGUUCAGCUUUGUUGCAGCAAGUACAGCCAAUCUUUGCCACUCAGAAUGCAGGCCCCCAACCCUCGCUCCCAGGGAUGUUAGUUCCUGUAAGAAUCCAGACCCAAGUGCCAUCUUAUGGUAGUGUCAUGUACACAAAUGUUUCACAGAUUCUGGUCACCCAUGCCCAGAGCACUAGCUCCAAAGUGGUGAUUUGUAAGGUUAGUGAUAAUGCUUCCCAAGGGACCUUUUCAAACAAUAGUGCAAUGCAAGGGAUAGGACUUAAUUUAUCUCAAAUAUUGGGUCAUCCUGAAGGACUGCUUAGAUAUCCACUGUGGAAAGUUCCCCAACCACUUCCAGGUAGAUUAGAUUCAGGAAUUCCUCUUUGUUUGACCUCUGGAAGCAUCUCAACUACAGAUGCUUCUUCCAACAUCGGAGGAAGCAAGCGCAUGCUGUCACCAGCAAGCAGUUUAGAACUCUUCGUGGAAACUAAGCAGCAGAAACGUGUCAAGGAGGAAAAGAUGUAUGGACAGAUUGUGGAGGAACUAAGUGCAGUGGAGCUCAACAAUUCAAAUGUGACAAAAAAUAAUUCCAAGUCUCAAAAACCUGGGCUUGUAAGGCACAAAGGUACAGUUGAAUUUAAGGAAGGAAUAUGUUCUCCAUCUGCCGUGGAUUUUAUUUUAUCCACAACACCUUCACUUAAGUCUGUUUCCCACCUCAAAGAAAGCAUGACUAUAGACAGUUUAAGUCCACCACAGCAAAUACCAACCAACAUACCUGAUGGGAGAGAGUCACCAGAAGAGCUAGAUGUUGAUGAAGCCAUACCAGAGAUCAGUUCAAGUCCACAGUCUUUUUCUUCAAUGAGUGAUAUCCAGGAGGACACCCAGCUAAAACAGAAAAGCAAGAUCCCAGUUAAUAUGCUGAUGCAGCUGGCUGCUAAUCGAGGUGGGGCAGUUGGAAGUACACUUUUGCUGACAGAUGUUGCUGAUGCCCAGCAGUUAUUUCAGUUUCCCAGUCUUCGCACAAACACAAGUGUUAGCUGGUGUUUUCUGAAUUAUACCAAACCAAACCAUGCCCAGACCACUCCUAUAUCUUCUGUUUAUGCUUCUUGGUCCAUCAGUUCUUAUAAUCCGAAUCCACCAAAUUUGAGCACCAAGGCUAGCUUAGCCCUUUUAAGGUCCAAGCAACGACAGAAUACAGAAAAUUACACUAUGGCUGCAUUGUACAAAGCAGGGACUGGCAAACUGGUAUCCUCAAUCACCUGGAAACAGAAGUUUGAUCAGGUGAAGCCAGAGCUUGCACAGUUGGAAGUGAACAAAUUUGAAAAGAAAGUGAAAGGAAGUGGGACACGGGAAAGAGAAAAGGGAGAAUAUCCUGGUGAGAAGGACGUAUCAACAAAGCAAAGCGAGCCUACACGGAUAAAAAUCUUUGAAGGAGGGUACAAAUCCAAUGAGGACUAUAUUUAUGUCAGGGGACGAGGCAGAGGAAAGUACAUUUGUGAAGAGUGUGGAAUUCGCUGCAAAAAACCUAGCAUGCUGAAAAAACAUAUCCGCACACAUACCGACGUACGACCUUAUGUAUGCAAAUUCUGUAAUUUUGCUUUCAAAACAAAAGGAAACCUGACCAAACAUAUGAAGUCUAAGGCACAUAUGAAAAAAUGUCUUGAGCUGGGUGUAUCUGUGACAUCUGGGGAUGAUGUGGAAACAGAUGAAGCUGAUAAUACUGAUGAUGCCCAAAAAGAAUCUGAUAUGGUAGAAAAGUCUGAGGUUCUCGCAGAGCACCAAUUCUCUGAUGCCUAUGACUCGGAAGGAGCUGAAGAAGAGGGAGAUGAAAUCGAUGACGACGAUGAUGAGGAUGACGAAUACGAUGGAGAUUCAACGCCUAAGACAAGGUCUAGAAGUACAAGCCCACAGCCGUGCAGAUUCUCCUCUCUGCCUGUAACAGCUGCAGCCGCCUCACAGAAAACACAAGAGAUUUUGGGGCCACCCAGCAAUCCUUCCCUCAUAAGCUACCUAGUUACCCUUCCUAGUAUUCAAGUCACACAGUUAAUGGCACCAAGUGAUAAGGGUGGAGAUGCACAGGUGACAGAAUACCAGAGGCUUUUCCAGGGUGCUUUUAGUGAGCCCUACAAGCACAGGUUAGAUGUGCCCAGUUCAAUGGAUGAGGGCUACAUGCUGUCUCCAGAACACAGCUCAUCUUCUAGAGACCUGUCACCCUCUAGGCUGUCGUCACCUGGCUGUGAUUCUUCACUGCAUAGAGAAACUUCACCCACGUCAAGGCGGUAUUUGUCACCAAGAAGGGAUGUAUCACCUCAUGGACACUUGUCACCACGACGAGAUGCUUCCCCCUUGAGGCACCUUUCACCAAAAAGGGAAGUAUCUUUCAGGAGGGAGUUGUCUCCAAGGAGAGACCUCUCCCCGAGAAGACAUUUGUCACCAUUUUCCUUGGGAAGGCCAAUGUCCCCGGGGAAGGAAGUGUCCAGCAGGCGGGAACUGUCUCCUAGGAGUAGACAUAGAGCCAUAAUAAGAGCAGCAUCACCAAGGAGGGGCUCCCACCACCACAACACCUCCUGGUCACUGGGGCAGUACUUACAGUCUGAAUUGGCCCCAUUGGGGCAAAGAAACAGAACACAGUCAGAGAUGGACACGAGUGCAGGGAAGGGUAUGUCUCAAGCUCCUGAUCAUUUUGAAACACAACCAGGCAGUCACAAACCUCUCAAUUCUACAUUGUCCGCUGGGGGUCAUCAAGGAUAUCUCUUUAGUCAUCUUCCUCUGCACUCCCAGCAGCAAAUACGGGUGCCAUUCCCCAUGAUUCCCAUUGGAGGUAUCCAGAUGGUCCAUUCGAUACCUUCUUCUGUGACCGGCUUCGUUCAUUCUUCAAUGCUACCUUUACAGAAGAGUGCAUCUGAGGAAUCAAGCACCAGUGAAGUGACAUACCCUGUUUCAGAAAGUAAUAUUGAGGGACCUGAUGACUUUACAAAACAACAGGACAAACCUGUUUCCCCUCAGCUAAUGGCCUCAGUGAUUUCCCCAGUCCUGUCGAUCCCUUCACUGAAAGAAACAAGUUGGAAGACGAAUGAAGAAAUUGCAGAGAUCAUAGAAAAGGAAAAGCAGCAAGAGGAAAGCAUACAGACUUGUACAAAAGCCAUUGCUUCUCUUAGAAUCGCUUCUGUAGACAUUGCUCCCCCAGAAACUCAUAUGUCUUUGAAGGUUUUUGAUCACCAUCAAAAAACCUUAGAAAGUGCACAGCUUGGCAUUCAGCACUUUAGUGGAUCAGAGGACAGCCACGAGUUGGCCUGUGCUUCAGCCACCAAGCCUGACUCACACACUGAAAAGGACAACCUUAGUACAUCAGAAACUGUAUUAGCUCAUUCCGCUUUCUACAGCAAAAGUGCAGAUGAAAGACUGUUAGGCCAACAAGGCCUGACAAAAUUGCCAACAAGCACAAAAAUAGGUAAAGAUUUGGCAAGAGAGGUCUUGGAAAAAGGCAAAUAUCAUUGAUACUGAAUACAAGUGGCAAAAAAGUCUUUAAAACAAGCAACUUUGUUCAAGUUUCCGUAGAGUUUAAAAGCAUAGCAUGCCUUUUAUAACUUGGUUUGCUAUUGUAAGGAUUUUAUUCUUAUUAAAAAUAAAUAUAUAAUGUUAAUUUAUACAGUACAUGAGCCUGACCAAAAUUGCUUAUGGACUUACUUUAUUGUCCAGUCUGGUACUUUUAAAUAUACAGAUGUUUGUGCCUUUUCUUUACUUUUUGCUUAUAUUCUUAUAAGCACAUUAAGCAGGAAUUUGUAAAUAUUUAGAGUUUGUGUAUCUGCUUUGUAAUAAAUGUAAUUUCUCUUCUUUUUGGACACUUGGGUCUGAAUGAUGUGAAGUAAAAUAGUAUCAAUAUAUGUGAGGUUGCACUAAACAUAUUUUUAUAUGAGUGAAAUUUUAAUUGCUUUUGUGUACAGCAGCAAUUCUAUAAUACUAAUAUUUAUUGUACUAUGUUUCAUAAAUUGUAAAUUUUUUCUCAAUGUUGUGGAUGCCUUUUAUAUGUGAAGCAUGAGUUUUACUAUUAGAAUGAAAUGUAUACUGUAAACUUGCAAUUUAAAUUAGAAUAUAUAUAUAUAUAUAUAUAUAUAUAUAUAUAUAUAUAUAUAUAUAUAUAUAUAUAUAUAUAUGUGUGGUCGUGCAAGAGCAGAAUAAGAUAUAUAUAUCAUUCUGCUCUUAUUCAUUAGAUUGAUAACUGCAUAUGGUAGUUUAAUGCUUGUAACUUUUGUCUCCUGUUUGCUGCAUUUGCUACAACUAAGUGCUAGUUGUGUUUUAAAGAAAAUAGUACUGUUAAGCAUUAAAUGAAACAAUGUGUGCUCUUGUGCAUUUUUCAAAGCUUAAUGAAGUAUGAUAAAAUAUUAAAGGUAUUUUAACUCAUGUGAAUCAUGUUGCUCUAUGUACUUGAUUUAUUGAGUAGUAUGGGAAUACAUUCCAGCUGAUGUAAAUAUAUAUGAGUCCACUGUCUAUACAAUUAUGUGUAAUUACUUAAUGGACAGUAUGUCAGCGGUCCCUGAAAUUCACUUAACUGUAUUACGGUGUCUUUAAAAUUAAGGUAAAAAAAAAGCACAACCAUUGUAAAGAAAAAUGAAAAACAUUGGUAACCUUUGUGAUGUUCAGUGGAAAAUAAAAUGUUCUGUAAAACAUGGUUUGCAUAAUCAAUUACAGUACAAUAAAAAAAGGAUUGUUGGUAAAAAUAAAUAAAACUACUAUAAUUUGCAUGUUA